UAAAUUUUAAAUCUUAAGCCAGAAAAAGACGAAGAACAAGAAACAGGAAACAAAGAGCACGUUGUAGAUCAGGCUUAAAUCGAACUUUCGCGCCCACGAGGAUCUCGCGCGCAUCCUUUCGCGACCGCGGAACUUGCGUACGGAUAAUCAGUCAGAUAGAAGUUGUGUCGGUCUUCUACACGGAGGAAGUGCGAUAACAAAAAGACACGCAGUUCGCGUUUUAUCACGCAAAUCGACGGCGCUUAUCGCCUUAUCGCCCGGCGGUGUAACAGCUAUGAGAACUGAUAGAUGGUACGCUUUAUUAGACUUAUUUAUAUUGCGAGCACAUUCACGAUUGUGCGCGCAGACCUGUCCGGGACGAUCGACCGGUUUUUUAAGUAUUUUCAAUGAGAUUAAGGCGGAAUGAUUUAUCGUUGUAUGUUAUUAGCGAUCAAGAGGACUGGAUAUGUGUCGAGCACGUGUUUACUUUACCGACAUUUGCAGUGCUAUUUGUACAGAGUGUGUCUCGGAAACCUGUCGAUCUACCGUGUUUUCUCUGCCCACAGAUUUUUCGGCGAAGUCGAAGACGAUGAUUUUUCUCGGUACGAGCUUGAUGCGGAAAUCAAAUUUCUUCCCAGCCGCUUACUUGUCUCCGACACAGUUGAAUUACGCAGUUCUGAUUAUUGAAUUUUCAUCGGAGACUUGAUCGCGCAAAAUUAUUGGAACUGUGUCUCCGAUUAAAAUCCUCUCAGGCCCGUAUAAAUAGUCGUUACUUGAGGCCAGUGAUUAGUCAAGUAAAAUUUGGAUAGUCUAAAAUAUCGCCAAGUCGGUUAUCAAAGUCAACCAAUCGUCAUUUAUGUGAUCACGAAUAAUUUAUUCGACUGGUUAUUAAUCGGUUAUCAACAUAGAUUAUUAAUCAAGUUAUAUAAAAUCAACUAGUUAGGAUAUAAUCAAUCAAAGCUUGAUUAACAAUUAAUUUCACCAAUCGAUUAAAUUAUUCGAGGUUGCAUUUAUGACGAUUAAUUUAUUUUUUACUUUUAACCACAAUCAAAUCACAAUCAAACCACAAUCAAAUCACAAUUUUAAUCAAUUAACGCAUGACACUGCUUGAAACUUGUCUCAAGUGAGAUACUCAGAUCCGAAAUUUGAAUGAGAUGCGGAUUUUUCGCGUAUAUAAAAUAUGUGUCAUUGCACAUUUUCAAUCGCGCGAUUUAACUAAUACUAUACUAUACUCGUGCCUGAUUCCAAAUUCAAAUUUUUCUGGAGACAAGUUUGAAGUAAUGAUUCGUUUUGACAAUCUCUUACAUCGAAAUAAAACUAUUACCGAAUGUGAAACUUAUUUCGCAAGAUUCUUCGAUCCUCCGCAACCGCAAAACUGUUGCCACUUCGGUGCUGCUCUCUUAUCGCGAGGACGAAGCCGAUACAAUACUUGUUCCAAGAAUAAAAGGAAAAUGGGACGAAGCUCGGUGUAUGUGUGUGUGUGUAUGUGUGCGUGUCUCACACGUGCUCUCGCACAUAUUUAUCUUCCACAUAGUUUCUGUGGUUUUACGGAGUAACGCGAAGCGGAAGGCGACCCGAGAUGAAGAGAUCCUUCGGCAAAUGCCGUUAGCUCGGGUGCCUGCAGAGUGCAGCACGGAUCGCGCAUAGACUCUGCUGGCAUCUGGUACUGCUUCGAGGGAAUCGCGGUUCUGCCAAAAGCCUGUCAUUGAUACACGGCCGCAACGAUAACGCAGGGACCGCCAAUACCUGAGCGCGAUAGCUCGCCGUCGCGCGGCCACGACACGCUCUCUCCCACAUCUAUCGAUAAUAAUUAUUCAUCUAUCGAUAAUAAUUAUUCGCUAUUUAUAUACAGACUUGUCUGAAAGAAUGAGAGGAAAAAAGGCAACACGAAAUGUUGUUCUCUCGCGAAUACUCUCUGACAGGAGCGACAAGUACUUAUCGCGACGACAAAGGGAAACGAGAGAACGCAAGAAACGCGCAAGAAGUUACUUGAUAAAUUUUCACGACGGGACACGCACACACGUGGCCGCGAAGCGUUCACCCGCACGUGCAAGGGCACCGGACACGAUCGCACACACGAGCGUCCCCGGACGAUCGAUGUGUCCGCGCGCUGUCACACGCGAUAAGUGCACACACGGACGCACGUGUUCCCGUGCAAAUGAUGAUUACUACCGGUGCGCCAAUGCUGUGUGCUCGAUAGCGACGAAUGGCUUCGAUCAAAUUCGCCGCGUACUCGUGCAACGUGCGUGUAAUGCCUUGACCACGUACUUAAAGGGUCACGUCACUCUGAGGCGCUAAAAAGAAAUGUUACUAAUUUUUCUUCGGUGCAACUAUAUAUAAAUUAUGAAUGAUUUUCUUUGCUCACAAUGUUUAGUGCAUGGUUCGAUGAAAAUUUUGGUGAAAAUGAUUUCAAGAGAUAUCAAAAGAUAGCCGAGGAUGCUCCGCGAAGUUUCUUUGCUGAAACGCGCGCUGAUGUCUCGAAAACUGAUUAUCCGACUGACUUCUAAUUUGGCACGGAUAUUUUUAACAAGAUUAUCUGGGAUGCAACGUAAGGAUUUUGAGAAAAAUAGAAGGUUGUGGAAAUUACAGCAAAUUGGAGGUAAAAAUUUAAUUUUAAAUAUUUAUUAUAAAAAAUGGUGUAUAUAAAAAAAAAACAACGUUGUAACCUAAAUAAUCUUGUUAAGAAUAUGUGCCAAAUUUAGAGGUAAGUUGGACUAUUGCUUUUCGAGAUAUCGUAUGCACCAUCAGUGCGCGUUGCAGCAAAGGAACUUCUUGGGGCAUCUUAUAAGUCGAUAAUAUUUCAAUAUUUUUUAAAAUUAUUUUCACAAAGUUUUCAUCAAACUAUAUACUAAACAUUGUAAAUAAAGAAAACUGUUCAUACUUUUUAGUUGCGUCGAAAAAAAUUAAUAAUUUCUUCAGAAACGUCUCAGGGUGGAAGGAUCCCUUGAGGGGAAGCCAUACUUGAAAACUUUAUUGACAGAAUACUGACUUUUUUCUGCAAAGUUUAUAUUGCAUUGGUUGCACAGAAUUACAAACACUUUUAUUGAAAGUACGUGCAAUAAUGAAUUGGAGCUUGAGGCGUGACGAAAACGAUAAAAAAUUUUAAAACUUACAUCUGGAGCUGUCAGAUGACGUAAACAAACGUUUGUGUUUUUCUUUAUAUUUGCAAUAAAAGGAAAUGUUCAAGCGAAUAUUUGCGAUCAUUUCUGUGCGCAAUUCGAUUCUACAGACUUGAAAUUGAAAGUGUAUUUAUUAUUUUUCAUAUAAUUUUAUUAGCGCUUCUAUAAGAUGUAAAUAAGCGUGGACUAAAACGCGACCAGUUUUAAGUGCCCAAAACAUGUGAGAGUUAAAGACCAGAACGAGAAGAACAUCCAGGCUCGGGUACACGUCUAUGCAUUGGCACUUUUACUUUAAAUCCAAAUUUUAUCGUGAUACCCAAAAUUCAGACCGACGAGAUCUCGAUGCGUCGAUAAGUGUGUCGAGUGUGCACCGACAGUCGUCAUAGACCGGCGAAUCCCGUGUUCUUCGAGCAGCACGUGGAAUGGUAAUCGACACGAGCGUUCAUAAGCAUUACCGUUCGAGCGGAACCGUUCGCGCAGAAGACUGGAUUUUCGAAAAAGACACGGGAGUGACGGGAAUCUUAACGCGAAGUGGAGAAUAAUUUUAUCAUGACGCACACACGUAUACACAUACACCUACACACACACACACACACACACGCCCGUCACGCGCACGCACACGUAUAUGUGCACGCGCGCGCUAUUAAUGUGCGUCCAUUGUUAGCAUUUUCGACCUUGCAGCACGCGAGAAUGUACACGGGGAACAACGGGACGGUCAAGGAGAGCCUAGCGAAUAAUCAGCCGCGCGGGGGAAAAAUGAUUGCACUGCCUAUGAAUGAAAAGAAGGAAGCCAUGAAUUUCUGAUUACCGUGCAGUUUGUAAACAGUGUUUCGCAGCGGAGAUCACGAAUAACGACGCGUCCGCUGUGGACAGGCGGAGGAACCUUACCAUAAUCGUCCCGUCACUUCCUGAUGGCGUAUGCCGACAACUUUUAUGAGAACGUCGCGCCGGUGGCGGGCUCUCUCUCUCUCUCUUUCUCGAGGAGGCUGAGAAAAAUCGCAUUUGCAGAAUCGCGCGAUAAGCCGGACGUUUAUCGUCCGACGUCCGGCGGUUGAAGGAUACAACAGCGUUGACCUCGCGUUUCCCGAAUAAUCGUGUCAAGCUACGAUCGUCGUGACGUUAAACGUCCGAUGAUUAGGGGAGAGCGGAUUAAGUUGGCCCAAGGAUUACGUUGGCUGUACGUUUCGUUGAUACAUUCACUUUUCGCGAGAGACAGUGAAAAAGGAAUUGCGGAAUGUUUCUUUCGGAACAUAGAAAAAGUACUUAUAUUCCGAAAAGAACACUUCGCGAUUUCUUCUUCACUGUUUGUUUUACAGACACAUAUGCAAAACGCGUGGCCGACCCUUCGGGCCAAUCUGAUUCGGUCUUCUCUAAUACAAAAUCUAACGUCAGUAAGGUCUAUCUUGCUAAGGCACACAGUGAAUUUUUUAAUAACACAUUUCGGCUUUUAAAAUAUCGCACUGUUGUUUCAAAAGCGAUACACUCGAGAAAUGUAAUUUUCGAGUUGUCAACAUGAAGUUAGGGUAAACAUAUCAGGGCAACGAACCGAAAGUGACAAAAAUGAAGUUUGAUCAUAUUUCUAAGAGUAUAUUCCUUUUGCCGAUAUUGUUCGAUUAGUCGAUAAUUUUCUGUCAAGUUGAAGAAUAGUUGUUCCCUUUUCUCCUGGGAAACUUAAUUGUUCGACUUGCAUCACUUUCGAAGCAAGAGUGCAAUAUAAAUAGCACAUAUGAAAUGAAAGGACAAUACGUUACUGCAGAAUAUCGAUCUACUACUUGGAGAUUUCACGAAACUCCACAGUGAUCUCUUACUAUAAAAUUCUCUCAGUAUAUCAAUGCGGACCAAGGAGAGACGCGGAAAGAUUCCCAGCGCGAGACGAGCGCGUCGGAGCGCCGACGACGACGUCUUCGUUCGCGGGCGUUAUUGUUCGCGAGGAGGAGCGAACUUUCUCUCUGUUUUCUGAAAUUCAGAGAAUCCCCGGGGUGCGUUGCCCCGGAGACGGUUAUUAAGAACGACGCGCGAGUAAGGCGAGUGAGCGUGCGAGGAUUCAGAGCGUAAUCCUCGCGCGCCUCUUACGAAGUUAUUAUUGCUGCGAGGAUGAAUCUGUAAUAUCGAAGCGAGCCGACUCGACUCGGCGCGACUCGACGCGGCACGGCCGAGCGAAAGUGCCUCGGCCGCAUAAAUGUCGGGCCGACUCCGGGCACCGAGAAGGUGGCUUUAACGAAUGUGGAGAGAUCGGUGAACCGGAAGCGAAAGGCGCGCAGCUUCAUGAUUCGUUUGGUACGACGUGUACGCGCGGGAUCGUCCGUCUCUCCCGUCUUUAACGCUUCGCGGAACUAGAAAUCCGUUUUUCACGCUCAAAUCGCCGCCGCCAACGACUUUGUUCAUGCGUUUCUGUACGCGCGACGCGCGCGCGAAUUUUCCCUUUUUGCUCGCGGCGAAAGAGUGGCGACGGUCCGUAGAAUGCGAAGUAGAUUCGCAUAGAACGCGAACGGACGAGGCAUCAUUCGUCCGUCUUUGGGAACGCGAGGAGCGUUCUGCUGAACAAUCUGGUCAUGAUGAUAAUCAACCCUUUGAGUUCCAAGGGCCCAACUUGGCUUUGAAGAUUUCAGCAUUCUGCUCCGCCAACUCGGGAUUGAUAGUAAUAAUAAAAGUCCACUACAUUUCAUUCGUUAUAAACACGGAGCCGAGAUAACGUGCAAAUUGCGAAACUUACUGAAUGUGCAAUGAAAUAAGAAAUGAAAGGUGUUCAAAAGCAAACUUGUUUUUCUAAGAAUUAUCCCAAUUUCUUCAGUCGUUAUUCCGACAUCCCUUAGUAGAAAACUUCCGAAAAAAGUAAUGCGCCGGAAUUAUUCUAACACGCAUGUGGAAUAGCGGAACCCUUGCGCGAAGAGAAUAUUAUAAUAAAAAUUAUGAUUAAAUUUUUAUAAUUAUACAGAAUUAUACGGAAUUUGUAUGCAUUUGUUUAAAAAUGUUAGGCGCAUUUCCAAUUAAUGGAGAACAUUUCUAGGAUCUUUUAUAAACAGAAAAUAACAAAUAUUUGUCUACCACGUCUAGGAAAGUUAUGAAGAUUGGGAUUUAUAAUAGAUUGUUAAAAUAGUUAUGAAUUAUGAAAUAUUUUUAAGUUUUGUAUUCUUAAUGUCUUUAAAAUAUUAUCAAUUGCACAUGUAUAUUUUGAGAGGUGAUUCACAAAUGUAGAGAAAUUUAUUUCUUUUAUUUUUAUAUACACCUAAUAUAUGAAUCUGGUGGACAAAUAUGUGUUAUCUUCCGUUUCUAGAAGUUUCCAGAAACAGUUUCCAAUAAUUAUUUAAGAUUCCGCCAAUAAAUCGAAAAUGGUCUAUUUUUAACAUCUUACUUUGCUAUUUUUGUAAUAAGUUGUUCAAUUUCAAUAUAUAGUCAAACUUUACAAAAAAAACUGUAAAAUAAAAUAUAAUUUUUAUGUGAAUUUUACUACAAUAUUUAGAAGUCACCCUUCCGUAUCUCAAGAAUUUAUUUCAAAAAAUUACGUGCUUACUGUUGAUAAAUCGAUACUUAUCAUUUUAAUUUCUUUUCAAUCUUCUUUUCAUUUUCUUUCUGAGAUUUUUAUUCUAGUUUCUUUCCCGACUCAAUUCCUUUUUUUGGCAUUUAUAAGUAAGCAACCAACGUGCAAAGAUCGCGGAAAAAUCUGCAAAGGAUAGCUCGAGUUGAUUCGACUGCGAUUUCCAUGCGAUUUCCCGCGUGUACCGUUUCUCGAACGUCGGGGUGAUUAAUUGGAGUAAUCUCACCGUGUGCGCGUAAUUUCUCAGCAUUUCCAUCGGUUAGCGUUGGCACUCAUCACGAGAAAUAAUGGCCUCCACGUGUCGAUUAAAAGUUAAUUGCUACGUUACGCUCGCGGUAUCGCGCGACCUUCGGCACUGUCGAGAGCCGGACGCGGAUGUUUCCAGGUAGGGGCUCGCUGGCGAAUCGCCGCGCGGAGGAGCGCGUCUUCGCGUGCGUGUGCUCGCGAUUUCCGCACGCGCAAAGACGGGGCGAGAUCGGGCAACGACGGAGACGCGUGAUUCCGGGAGCCGGUAAAAAUUGGAAACGCGAUAUAAAUGGAACGUGACCUCCAAGUACCGUAUAACUCGGAAAUAGCCGGGAUGCUUUCCGAAGACUCGCUGUCGGAAACGGGCGCCCACGUGCGCUCUCGUUCGAUGCAGCGGCGAUUCACGUGGCGCAACACGUGAGCAGGCAGCAGGAGCAGCAGCAGCAGCAGCAGCGGUGGCGGCAGCAGCCACCACGACGCGGGAGUUCCCGUGACGAGGGUAGCUUCGCGGUUGACGAUAGCGCUGGUGGGGCUUGUUAAAUGCGAAGCGAAAGAGAGGGUGCUCUCGCUGCCGCUCGCGUUGCCGUCGUCGCCUCUCAGCGAGUGCUUUGCGCAAUUAUUACAGCUUUAUUACAGCCAGAAUAGAGAGAAGAAGAUAAGGGAGACGGAGGAGGAAGAGACGGGGAUGUUCGAGCGCGUCGCGUUUCCAGGUUCGAUCGCCCCGGCGAAAAUUAUUAUGCGCAGCGCGUUAUCGAUCAGCCGGCCGCCGAAUGCGAAGGUCAGCCACGUUCCCGAGCGAAUUAGGUCUCCGAGGACCGGCUCGAUCAACGUCAGUCGACUCUAACAAGUAAUCUUCACCGAAUGACACACGCCGAUCUUACCUUCUGUAGUUUGAUACAGUACCGCGAAAAAUGAUUAUUUACGCAAAGAAAAUGAAGUAAACAUCAAUUUCAUCGCUUAUAAUAUACUACUACAUCAAUUCAUAUUUUAACGAUACUAUAAAAUAUUUCACAAACUACACAUAUUAGAAAAAAAUGUCAACAUCUUGAAAGAAAAAUUCAGGCAAAAAUUUCUUGAGAAGUAUAUAAGAUGAUGGCUUAUAUUUGACUAUGAGACCUCCUAUCAGAGUCUUUUCAAAGUUGAGAGUCUCGCGGUCAUCAUCUUACAUACCCAUUACAACCAAAAAACUUUUGUCUGAACAUUUUUUCAACAAUUUGUUGAACAAUGUUUAUUUGUAAAAUAUUUUAUAGCGUCAUUGAAAUGGGACAUCUUGUACAAGCGCUGAAAUAGAUAUUGGGCUAAUGUUUUUUACAUAAAUAAUUAUCUUUUAGUAUUUUUUUUUCUUUCUUUAGGUCAAUGUCAAAUGUGAUAAUAAGAAAUGUAAUAAGUGAAUAAACAAUGUAGGAAUUCUAUGAUUUAAUCAAUCUUCAGUCGCAAUUAUUCGCUCCCGUGAUAAUUUGCAGGCGGAAUAAAUGAAUAUAUAAUAAUGAUAAUGUCAACUUUUAUGCGAUCGAUGCAUAGGCGAUGAUUUUUUACUUAAAAGAAAUAAAAAAAAAUAUACGGCAAGGCAUUAGCAAGAAUGCUGUCCCAAUUUGGUUAAUAUAAAAGUAACAAAAUAAAGAUGCAAAAAUCAAAAUUGAAGAUGAAAUUAAGUCUGACAAGAGUAAUAUAAAAAAUAAAUCGCCUUUCAAAGUCUCAAAGGCUCUAAAAAAUAUGAAAUAAUGUUGAUUCGAUAUUUCUAUAUGCCUAUAAUCCUCUUCUAAUACUCUAAUGACACCGCAAAUCGGCACGAAAACAUGACUGAUUGAAUAAAUAAUCAUACUCUUUUUUUAUCAUUAAUUUUUUUACGUUUAUAAUUAAUUGUCUACCUAAUUUGUUUUCUUUUCGCGACAGCUUCUAAUAUCGUUAUAAUAUUAAGAUAGAGGAUCAAAGGUACAUAAAGAUAUCAAGUCAAAACAAUUUCACACAUUUUAGAACUCUUGGGCUCUUUGAACUCUUAUUUUUGUUAAAGUGUUUCUUAUUUCGUACUUCUUAAUUAUUUAUUCUCUAAAUUUCCUUUUGAAGUCGAAUAAAAAAAAGUUCUUUUUUUAAGUUCACUAGAAACAAGAAAGUUUUGUACUUCCAGAUAUUUCCGGAUUUUCAAGAAAGUAAUACAGUUAUCCGGUCUCCAAAGAUUCCCUGAACAAACUCCAGUAAUGACACUAAGCUGAAGAGCAAAUAGAUAACAUACUAAACAAUUUUACAAAAAGUUUUGUCUCAAUAUCUCCAACGGUUCCCGAGUUAUAAGAGGGAACAUACACACAGGACAAACUGAGAACCUCUUUUCUUUAAAAUCGAUCUCAAACAAAAUAAUUCAGAGUGCAAAGAGUACCUUAAUAACCGUUACAGUGAAUGCAUUAUAGUGACGCAAGGAAAUCCGAAAAUAUCUGUUUGCAUGAUGCAAAAGGGAUGCAAAGUCACGGUUAAAAUUGUGAUCUGCGAAUCUUUCUCGAUUCCUUCGCUCAUCUAGACGGCACGUCGCGACCGCAUGGUGGAGUCCUUCUCGCGGCGAUAAUUGCGAUAAAAGCGACGAAAGAGGCCGCGCUAGGAUUAUCUCAUGCGUGGCGGCCGGACAAUUUAUAUUUUAAUCGUUCUGCCGCGCGCGCGACGAGCAGCUUUUAUCUGUCGCAUGGCAGGCGAUGGCCCGUCCGACCCAUCUGCCUCAAUCAUCGAUCGGAGGAGAAACAAACGCGGCAUCACGCACGACAGAGUCGGUCCGAUCUCCAGCUUUCUCUCUUUCUCCCUCUCUCUCUCUCUCUCUCUCUCUCUCUUUCUCUCUCUCUCUCUCAACAUACAUACACACAGCGUCGGCUGUCUACCGGAAUACGCGCGGUCGUCGCUCGGCCGGAAAAUACAAAGGGAUGUGCGCACGACGUCCGCAGGUCGUGCUGCUGCUGCUGCUGCUGUUGCUGGCUGCUGCACUUGAUGGACCGAGUCGGUCAUGAGCGAGGAGAAGAACUCGCGCAAGGUAAAGCUGCCCGACGGUACGGACAGCUCAUAAUAAACACCCCGCGGACGAGACUCUUGCACCCUCCUCCGAUUUAACGCUGAAUUCGAUUCUCACGUCUCGGUGUAACGUUGCGCACGCGAUCUCGACACGAAAUGCGAACCGAUAUCGACCGCGUGGAUACGCGAAAUGCGAAGAGCUGUCGACCGAUUUCCCUGUACGGGAAAGAAAGUCUUGGUUGGAUUAACCAAAUGUGUCCGGUGAAAUACGAACGGGCUGGAAUUCCGGUUGAAGUUAACAGGAUUGUGUUCAAGUUAACAAGAUUUCUGGCUUUCUGGUAAUUUAAAUAGAAUUGGUAUCUUCACAACUUUUUGGUCCGUUUACAUUUCACCGGAAAUGAUGUUGGUCAAACUAAACGUCUUUUCCGUGCACAUCGUGAAAAUUUCACGUAAUUUUCAGGCAAGAUUUAAGGCAAGUUCCCUUGACUUUUCUUUCUUCUCUUUUCUUAAUCUCACACUAUCAAUGUUAGUUAUUUAAAUUCACAUUUGGAGUAAUAAUUUAAUAAAACAAAAAUGGUAUCGCUUUAUUUUUCUGCUGUAAAAAGCAUAUUAAAAACGUCCAGAUAGGUUACAAGUAAAAAAGCAAUUAACGAAGUCAAAAUAACUCUACACAUUAACGAUAAUGGAACAAUUAUUACUAUUAGCAUGAGAUAGUCUAGAAUUAACUUUUCGAAUGCUAUGGAUAUAUGCAUGGAAAAAAAUUUAAUCAGAUUAACUAAAUAUUUAGUGAAGUAUAAACGAACUAAAAAAAAAUCCGGCUAAUUUCUCUCUUCCAAUUUUAAUAUUCUGGUUUAUUCAUGUUUCACCUGACAUUUAGUUAAUCCAACCAAACUAUUUUGUGCCUGAUAUUUUUUAGCAACGGUAAUAAAUGAAAUUUUAUUUGUCAUCGGUCUAUUGUUCUCGAUUUAUCAAGAAAUGAGUUCUUUUAUCGAUUAAAAAUAUUUCGUCUUCAGCUCCGAAGUGCUCUCAUAGGAUUCAAAGGACUAACGUCGACUUUCAAAUAUUUAUCUGUUGCUUCGAUUAGGAUCUCAUGUAAAGGUCGUUUCAAGUGAGCGGCAAAACAAUGCGAUUCGGUUCGCGCGAUGCAGAUGCACGCGAUGUCGAGUCGAAAGAACGAGACGAGAGAGGUGAGAGAUCGUCGGACGGGAGAAAUUCCGGUGAGACCGGGCGACGUAUGGACGAACGUGCGGGGAGUACGUUGACCUGGAAUGACCUGACCUGCGACAACCCAACGUGUCCGACGAUAAACUGUCGUAUAUCAAAGUAAUCUCAUGCGCGGAUCAUCGGGUCCGGUGUAUGGCUACGUUACGCAGCGCCGCGCACCACUUUUACGUAAAUGGAAGCACGCGCCUCGCCUGCAUGUACCGCGUCUAAGUAAUUCGAUGACGCUAUCUGUCUGUUCACCUCACUCUUCGACACAUCGAUUCUAUCGGUAAUGGCGCGUUUGCCGGCCGGUCGCGCUCUUAUUUCAUCAUUCGCGAAUUUCUUUUUCGAAAAUCUCGACUUCGACGCCAUCACACUGUCCAAGAGAGUCGACCUCUCUCCGGAUUUAUUGACACACACGUUUGCAUGUGUCCAAUUUUGGUUAAUUAAAAAAUUAAACAUUCACCACAAAAUCUCGUGAAAAAAGGAAGAUCUUGUCGCAUGAUUGACAGAUGUUCCAUUUACGUAUCUUUAAAAUUAAAUCGUUUGCUUCUAAAGUGCGAGAAUAUGGUCAAUAAGAGCGAAUGUUAGUGCGAAUAAUUCAAACUCUGGGAGGACUAACUCCAGUAUUCAAUAGUCUUAAUUAUUAAUUGCACAUUUAUUUUUCGAUUUUUUAAAUAUUUUAAUAAAUCCGUCCCUGCAUUGAGAGGAAAAAAUUGUCGUUCUAAUUAAAAAUUAUUUUUCGCCCCGACCACAUUUUUUAAUUGUUCUAACACGAAAAUAGCAGUACAUGUACAUAAGGUUAUCACUAACGUUACAGGAAUUAAAUUAAAAAAAAAUAGUUUUCUCCACAGUAAUUUAUAGUAAUUAUUUCUUUAUAUGAUUAUAAUUACAAAUACCAAACAUUUUUUCUCGGUGUAAAGAGAUCAGAUGGUGGAUUUAGAGACUCUUGUCGUCUUUUCUUUCGUGCUCAACUAUUCGAUAAAAACUCUCAAUUCGUGUAGAAAAAAAGAUUUGCUAAUUUAACAAAAGACCAAUGCUCAAAAUGUAACAAACGGUUUGUUGAUAUGAGACAGCAAAUGAUGAUGGGAACAAAUGAUUUGUUACUUUCAAUUGCGGCUUUAAGCCACACUUCUAUAAUAGAGACAUAACUGAUCUAAUCUAACCUAAAUAGACGAGAACAAAUGCGAUUUAUAUCUCAGGCAAUAGCUGCGUUCAGCAGAGAAAGUUGCUUUGCAACUGUUGUAAAAUUCGUGAACCUUACUAGUAUACGCUCUUAAUCUUGGCUGCAUCUAGUAGCAUAUAUCAAUCAAAUAAAAAAAUUUAUAAAUUUUACAAUAGCUGUAAAGCAGCUUUCUCUGCUGAACUCAGCUAAAGUAUGUUUGUUGAAGUGACAAAUGAUGAGAAAUGAUUCGCAACGGUGACUGUUCGGCCUGUCUCCCUAGCGAUCGUCAAACAGCGAAGGCGAGCUUUUGUUCCGAUAACUAAGGGAUUUUUCUCAAUGUAAGAAUACGGGCGAUCAUCAUAUUCGUUUGUUUCUCACUCGGAUCGUAACGAUCCCGCGACGAAAGAGGACGGCAGAAGCUCUUAUUCCGGUGCUGCCAUACCUCGCCGUCGACUUGGAAUUAACCGGAGCGCUUUCCCAGAAAUACCCGGGCGAACACGUGACCGGGAAACGUGCCUGCCGGUGCACGUGGAGCACAGGUACAUCCCCCGACUAUCGGCCGCCACGACGCGCCUCGUGCCUUCAACCCUCUUUCGUUCUCGGCGGAGAAGAGGCUUCCGCUCCUCUCAGUCAACGCCGAGUCUCUUCUCGAGCCGCGUGCGUGCAUGCGUGAGAGUGCGCGAGUGCGCGUGUGUCUAUCUGUCUGCCUGUCCGUCGUCGCGAAAAUCGUUCGGACGUCAUCGCGCGAUGCACCGUGAGAGUUUCUGCGCCACGGGCCGGGCCGAGCGGACGUGCGCGUGAAUUCGCCGAUCCGCGCUAUGGAACCCAUAGUCGCGCUUCUUCCCCGGGAUCGCGAUUACGUUGCCGUCGGAUCGAUUCGGCGACGCGCGUGAUGGAUCCGCGCGAUCGCAUCAAGCCCGCCGGAUUGUUAUUCGCGUAGUAACACGCCGGGCGAGCCGCGGCUCGCGCGCCGAGAAACCGCGCGAGAUCGAUCGUGGCGGCCGGAGGCUUCCUUCCACUCUCGCGAGGAUAAUCGACAGUUACGGCGGAACGUAACGCUUGCUCCCUCAUGAUCGUGAUUUUCCGCGACCUGCUCAUUUUUAUCCCCGUAAUACAUCCGACUCGCCUCUUUUUUUCGUCGCGAGCGGCCACAUAUCGCUCGCCGAUGCGGAGAAGAAGGUUUUCUAGCUCCUGUGCCGGACUACCGCCGCGAACGGCGUUAUUUGCGCGCUCUUGGGUUCUCCUGCUCGUUACUUUUCACAUCGGAGCUUCGCGCGAGCUCGUCAACCGAUUUCCUUUCAAUUUCACGUUGCUGCGUUACUGUGACAAACACGGGAAGCGAUUGAGAAUCUUUCAUGACAAUAAACUGCAUCGACUUUCCGAUAUUUUUUUUUUCAUUGAUCUGAUCUCUCUUCUUCUUUGCAUAAUAUGAACCUCUCUAGUGGUAAUUUAAAAUCACUGCGCGGCUCACCCCAGAGAGAGAACUUUUCUCUUAAUAUCUAUAUAUAAUCCAUUAAUUUUUAUAAUAAUAUUUGAUAUUUUACCAUGAACAUUUUCCCUUAUAUUAAUUCUUUUUUGUAUUAAUUAUAUUAACCAAAUGUCACUAAAAAAGACAAUUUUUAAUUUAAGUUUUUCUAAGAUGUUAUAUUUACAAAUUAAUUUUAGCAAAAUAAAUUGAUUUGAAACCUGAGCUUUCUCGAGCUUUCUAUCCAUGACAGAAUCGCGACGAAAAAAUAUUGGCGCACCAAGUAGGUCUUAUGUAUGCCACGAGUGGCAUCAUGCAUCUACAAAGUUUUAUUUUUUCGGAUUUUCCGUGAUUCCGUGCAUAUUCAAUAAACAAAAUCCUAAAAGUAACUUUACUUUGUCUAUCGUUGUAUGUGGAGAAAUACGCUACAUUUAUACUUGCAAGAUCGAAUGAAUUACGGAGGAUAUAUUGAUAUAAUCAUUAACACGAGGAAUUAAGGAGGAAGCUUCUUUCAGCCCGUUAAUUUUUGUGCGUCGCCUGCAGAACUCACGAAUAUUUUAAUGUCAAUCCACGAAGUUAUGUGUGAAAAAUCGACAAAAAUGAAACACAUCUCCUAAUCCGUGACUGAUGAACUUUGAAAAAUUACAAGUGCAUCGCGGAAGGAAAAGCUGUAACUACGACCCAAAUUACAAAAGCCAUUCGUCGUUAAAUUUUCAGUAACCACACACAGAAAAAUAUCUGCUGCUAAGAAAAGCUUGUAUCGUGACGCGAUCGUGAAGCUAAUACAGAAUUGCGCAAGGAAGAAAAUCAUGAACGAUUAAAGACAAACAGUGCGAUUCAUACGAUCGAUGUAAAAGGACUGGUCCACGCUUGCCGUGAAUAAAAGUGAGCUAGAGACGUGCGUCAUCCUUCACUUCUAUCAAAGUUACAAUGAAAUGACAACAGGUGAUCGAGCGAAGAGCCGCGACCAGAUAUGGCGCCAACCCGUUCUUGAGUAACCCCGCGCUCAGGAAACUGUCAGCAAAUCGCGCAUCCCGCGAGAGGGGGAGAGAGAGAAACAGAGAGAGAGCGAAAGAGAGAGAGAAAAAGGAAGAAGCAACGAAACAAGAAGGCGCUCCGUCAAAUCUAGAAAUGGAUUCUUGCGGCUGGGGCGCCCGAAUGGCGAACGAAGAAGGGGCCGAGGAGAUGGCUGCGGACACGGCCACCUCUUGGCAGCAGCAGUGUUACACCUGGUGCGCGCCGUACUCGCAUCCGCAUCCACACCCCCACCAUCACCACCACCACCCGCAUCAUCCCCGUCAGUACCAGGGUAGCCAGUAUCAGCAGCUACCGGCCAGCGCCUCCGCCGUCAACGCUUCCACCCACUACUCGUCCUCCCAGCAGCAUCAUCUGCAGCUGCAGAGCAGCGCCCAGCUGCCGCCGUUGGACCAACAGCAGCAUCUUCACCCUGUGAGGGGGCAGGAGCCGCUCAGGAGAGCGGUUCCUUAUGACGGACCAGGGAAACAAGGAAAAGAUGGACCAGAGGAGAAGAAGGACGCUGACGGUGAACUCUGGGGCAACGUGGAAGCGCAGGCCGCCUUCCUCGGGCCCAAUUUGUGGGACAAAACUCUGCCCUACGAUGCCGACCUGAAGGUAUUGAAUCAUUACGUGGAUCUCGAUGAGUUUCUUUCCGAAAACGGCAUCCCCGUUGAUGGUGUGGCUGGCGGCGGACAGGGUGCCAUGCAGGGUAGCCAGCUGCAUAAAAUCAACAACACCGAGGCUCCCGGACACCAAGGGUCAGCGGGUCUCCACUUGGAACCGAUCACCAAGCGUGAAAGGUCACCCUCGCCGAGCGAAUGCUGCUCGCCAGAUCCCCUGAAUCCACCCUCACCCGCGGACUCCACGCUCUCGAUGGCCUCAUCGGGGCGAGAUUUCGAUCCACGUACUCGGGCCUUCUCCGACGAGGAGCUCAAACCACAGCCGAUGAUCAAGAAAUCACGGAAGCAGUUCGUUCCGGAUGACUUGAAGGAUGACAAAUACUGGGCGCGUCGUAGGAAGAACAACAUGGCAGCGAAACGAUCGCGAGACGCGCGUCGCAUGAAGGAGAACCAGAUAGCACUCAGGGCCGGCUUCCUCGAGAAAGAGAACAUGGGUUUGCGGCAGGAGUUAGAGCGGUUAAAAAACGAGAACAUGCUGCUGCGCGACAAGCUGAGCAAGUACACGGACGUCUAACACCCCACUGUUGACCAUCUCUACCUGCUUGAGCGACACACAGAGAGAGAGAGAGAGAGAGAGAGAGAGAGAGAGAGAGACGCGGACACGAGGGCGCAUCACACCAGCCACCCCCUCGCUUAUAGUCGCAGCGCAUAGUUGCUUCGCCUCUGCGGAGGAAGCGAAGAGGAAGGAGAGCAUGUCGACGAAAUACCAGCCACUCCCGACCCGACUGCCGCCGCCCUGAAGCCGACUUCCUCAGAAAUCUCUAGAAAUCCCUUCUCUCUCCACGUAUCUGCCUCACUCUCAGCAAACGCACACAUACACACAUCCUCUCAAUCACUCACUCACUCACGCACUCACUCUCUCUCUCUCUCUCUCUCUUUCUCUCACUAUCUAUCUAUCUUUCUCUCUCUCUCUCUCUUUCCCUUUCUUUCUCUCUCUAUCUCGAAUAAAAAUCUUCUUAAGUCCUCGCUCCUUGUCCCACUCUAGAAAACUCCUCCACUUGUAAAUAGUUAUAUGUAUAGUUAGAUUAUAUACACACAUAGAGAGACCUAUACACGCGCGUAUACGCGCGCGUGUGUAUAUAUGAAUAUAUAUACGCACGAAUAUAUAUAUUCGUAUAUGUAUAUAUAUGUACGAAGCAGAGAAGGAAGAAACACAUACAUAUAUAUGUAUGAACACAUAUACACACACAUAUAUAUAUAUACACACACGCAUGCAUACACAACAUACACGAGUAUCUGCGUUGAGGAAAGAGAUACGUUCGUUACGCGUAUACGAACGCGAAGCGCGCGUUCAGCGCUCGUCGAGACACGUCGAUUUUUACGCGAUCCAGUAAAGUCUUCCGCGGAUUCGCGCGUAUUCGUGCCGUGGUAUUCCGAAGAGAAAUCUCGGGCAAUCACGAGACGUUAGGGCGAAAAAUUCGCGAUGGUACUCUCUCUCUCUUUCUCUCUCUCUCUCUUUCUCCCUCCCCUCUCUCUCCACACACACUCUCUUUUUCACACACUGUCUCCUUCUCUCUCUCUUUCUCUCUCUCUCUGUCUAUCUCUAUCUCUCUGUUUCUUCCUUACUCGGAGAGAAGACGACGAAUCUCGACGACGCGCUGAGCACUGCCAUAUGUAAGGAAAAGUAAAAAAAACAGAGCUAUGGCUAGGUCGACAUGGAGCGGAGGCGAGCGAAGAUUGGGAGAACGACGCUUUUCCGCGUUAAAUAUCCUAGUUCUCCGAGAAUGCGUUAAUUACUGUAGCGUAUCCCACGUGGUGAUGGUACACAAGUGAUUCUAGUUGUUUUAAUCGUAAGAUAGAUGAUAUACGUGUUUCGUUUUCAUAGUUUCUUUUCACUCCUUCACUUUCUCUCUCUUUCUCUCUGUUCAUCUGUCUACCUACCUAUCGAUUUACCUUACCUGCCUAUCAUUUAUCUGUCUAUCUACUUAUCUAUCUAUCUACCUGUCCACCUAUCCAUGUCCAACUCUUUGCUAGCGCGUAGCGAAUCAAUCCGGCCACGUGAGGAGUGCACCUGGAGUGCGCGGGAGGCGUCGCGACGCGACUCUAUCCUCUUCCUCUUUCGUAACAUUAUCCGCUGGCCCGAGAAAGUCGGCGGCUUGGGGACAAGUGAUGGAUGUGGACGGGCCCGUCGAGACUCGCGCAGGCUGCGCGUGGCGAACGGAUUUCGGUGCAGGAUGCCCAUUUUGUUUGUAAAAUAUAUACUUUAAGUCAUCGAGUCAUCCUGAGGCACGAGCGGGACGCGGACAGAGCGGCAGCUCUCGUCUCGAGAUCGUUACGCGGGAUCGAUCGUCGCGAGACGAUGCAGGGUGUUGUCCGGCGAUCGAGUCGCGCGCAGCCACCGCCGGCUUGCAGAUGGGUGCGUGCAUCGUCCACGUCGAAUCGUAUGGCGUGAUAUCACACGAGCAUUCACGAUCGUGCUUAAAACGUAAGUCAACCGUUCGCGUGCACUGGCCCUCUUCUCUUCUCCCUCUCUCCCUUCUCAUUCUACACUUGCUCCUCCAUCGCUUUUCUCCCUCAUCCAACCAUUUAUUUCCUCCCUUAUCUCACUCCCUUCUUCCACUCCCCGUCCCUUCUCUUUUUAAGUUUUUAGAUGUUUAUUUGCCAUCGCCGCAAGGAAACGGCGAUGGCGACGGCGAUGGCGAUCGAAAGAGCAAAAGUGGAGCCGACGAGGAAAUGUGCUUUUUAUGAAGUAGCUUUUUACGAGAUAACGAGAAUCUAUAUUGUACAGACGAACGCGAGAUCGAGCGACGUCCGAUCGAGCGAUCCCCGCUCGUGGCAAAAUUUAGUGACAAUAAUCGAGAUACGAACGCGCUUCUUGUCGAGGGAGAAAGCGCGAACGAGUCAACCGGAAGGACGAGCGGGACUUGUGGCCCAAUCGCCGCGUCUCGAUCUCGAAGGGUGGCUACGCCGGGACAGAGGAUUUCGCUUCGACGUUCGUUCGUAUGCACCAGGGUUGGGCGUGCAAAUCGCCGCAGUCUGCGUCUACAUGUAGACAACGUGAACCUGUCAUCCACGCGAACAACGAGUAACCUAUGCGGAAAGAAAAGUUUGGCUGUAAUGAGGCGAACCCACGCGUUUAAAGGUUGAAAGGCACAGAAUUUUGAGUUUUCGUCAUACCCAGAUUUGCUUCUGAAAACCAGAAAUUUCGUUAUAUUUACACGACAAUUUUAUUAUAUAUAUAAAGAUUAAGUCGAAAUGUAAAAUCCCUUCUCAAUGGGUUUUUUGAGCGAGUCAUACAUUGUUCUUCAAACGACAUUCACACACAACGACAAAAGUUUCAUCGUAUCAUCAUGAAGCUUGGUUGCAGUGAAUCAACCAACGUAUUUUGAAGGCAACAGAAUUUCCGGUUCUUAGAACGAAACUUAAGACCAGAGAUUCUCCAACUAAAAUGCGUUGGUUCGUUUUAUUAAAACCAAAAACUUCACAAUAUUAAUGUGUUCUGCGCAUAGAUGUUUAAAAAACGUAUAAUUGCUCAAAAAUUCAUUGAGUUAAUUUUUUUAUUUAACGCUUAGAAUCCUGACACAAAUUUAUGAAUGUUGUUUCCAUUGGAGUUCAUAAAAUCUUCUGACAACAUUCUCAGUUUCAGAGUUAAAUCUACCAAUCCGCCGCAUAAGGAAACGAAAAUUUCACUUGUUAGCUCUUCUAAACAUUAAUAAUUAGUAAUAACGCUUAAUAAUUAGUACCUAAAAUAGAUAUCGCAACUGUCGCACAGUUUAAUUAAGCUUUUUCGUAUAUUUUAAUAUAAUUCGCAAUACUCUCUACAUAGUUCACAUUGUCUACAAAAAAAAAAGGCGUGUAUACAUCGCGUAGACGAUCACCUGAUGAACAGUCUUGUGUGCGUGGAAUCUUGGAAUCCGCGACCCAACCCUGGUAUAUAAUAAACACAUGUACCGGCGACACGUAAUUUUAAUAAUCUAGUUCUUUCUUUCGGCCGAAACGUGGCGCUCGAUGUGCGCGAACGCGACAGCGUUUUGUACAUACAUCGUUUUAUCGACGAGAAGAGUGAACAAAGAACAAAGACAAAAAAAAAGAAAAAUGAGAGAGAGAAACAUACACCGAGGAUCAAGCGAGAGACGAAGGUGCAGACGACAAAUUUGAAUUUGAGUUGAUGUGUUCGAUUGACACGGCGAGCUCGCUCAAAAAGAGAA